AUGGAUCAUGUGAUUGGAGCGAAGUUUAAGCUUGGGAGAAAGAUUGGUAGUGGAUCUUUUGGAGAGCUUUAUUUGGGAGUAAAUAUACAAACUGGAGAAGAAGUUGCCGUGAAGCUGGAAUCUGUUAAAACCAAGCACCCUCAGCUUCGCUAUGAAUCUAAGUUGUAUAUGCUUCUUCAGGGAGGAACUGGGAUUCCCCACCUUAAAUGGUUUGGAGUUGAAGGCGAAUAUAAUGCCAUGGUUAUUGAUCUUCUUGGGCCGAGUUUAGAAGAUCUGUUUAACUAUUGCAAUAGGAAGCUCACAUUGAAAACAGUUCUAAUGCUCGCCGAUCAGUUGAUUAAUAGAGUUGAGUACAUGCACUCUAGAGGUUUUCUUCACCGUGACAUAAAACCCGAUAACUUCUUAAUGGGUUUGGGCCGCAAAGCAAAUCAGGUGUACAUCAUCGACUACGGAUUAGCAAAGAAAUACAGAGAUCUUCAAACUCACAAGCACAUACCAUACAGAGAAAACAAAAAUCUCACAGGAACAGCUCGUUAUGCAAGCGUCAACACCCAUCUUGGAGUUGAGCAAAGCAGAAGGGACGAUCUGGAAUCUCUUGGAUACGUCCUGAUGUACUUUCUCAGGGGAAGUCUUCCAUGGCAGGGCUUGAGAGCUGGCACUAAGAAGCAGAAAUAUGACAAAAUUAGCGAGAAGAAGAUGCUUACACCUAUAGAAUUGCUUUGCAAAUCGUAUCCAUUGGAGUUCAUAUCAUAUUUCCAUUACUGCCGAUCAUUGCAAUUUGAAGAUAAGCCUGACUAUUCAUACUUGAAGAGGCUUUUCCGAGACCUAUUUAUUCGAGAAGGUUAUCAGUUUGACUAUGUGUUUGAUUGGACUAUGCUGAAGUAUCCGCAGAUUGGCGGCUCUAGUUCUCGAGCACGAGAAACAAUGGGGAAAUUACCUUUAAACCCUGGACCAUCGGCAGAAAGAGUCGAGAAGACUCCAGUGAAGCAAGAAGUUCGAGACAGAUUCUCGGGUGCAGUGCAGGCAUUUGCUAGAAGGAAUGGUUCUAGUACAGGCAUGCAUGGAGAUCACUCAAGGCAUAGAUCUACAGAGGAUGCACCAUCAUCAAAAGAUGUGCACAUUGAUUCUGAACGAGGACGGGUGUCUCGACCUGGUAGUAGUUCAAAGAGGCCAGUAUUGUUGAGCAGCAGGCCAAGCUCCUCAGGGGAACACAGUGAAAAUCGUCAUAGGCGGCUGGGGUCUGGCAGUGGUCGUCUAUCUACCACCCAAAGAUUACAACCAGGUAUUGAGUCCAAGACAUCUUCUUUUACUCGUGCUUCAGCCUCAAGAGUUGCCCAGGAUGAUACUCUCCGAAGCUUCGAGCUGCUAACAAUUGGAACAGGAAAAAAGAAAUGA